AUGGCAGAGGCUCCCACAGUCAACGCAACCCUGUCCAGUUCUUGCUGUCAGUUCAAGGAACUAUUUCUACAGUUUUCAUUGACUUAUUCACUUCAAAGGUGGAGAGUUGCAAAGCCAUUAAAUGGCAGAGUACGACAAAAGGGGAUAAAGCUGACACCCAUAGAUGUACGACCUCUUAUUGAUAGUGUUAAGCAGAACAACUUGCAAGCUGAUUUUUUCUUUAUUGGCGUAAGUAAAUAUAUGGUAACAUCGGUUCAUGAUCACUGGUACUGUGCAAGAUGUAUAAAUACAACAAAUCCUGCAGGUGAAGGUGCAAUUAUUGUGCAGACUGCAGCUUUCAUUUUGGUAACAAUUUACGAAGGUUCCAUUGGUGCAGCAUCUGAGGCAAUGGCAGCAACUGAUUAUUUAAUGGACCAGUUAAGUAAUCGGAAUUUGUAGGUUGACACUUUCAAUGAAAGAUAAUCCAGAAACUGCGCAGAUUGAAGUCAACUAAGGAAUAUUAGAAGAGUUGCAUUCUUGUUAAAAGCAGGCAUCAUAAUUCUCAUAUAUUUUCUUGUAUUGCAAUCUUAAGAGAUGUGCAUUUUGAGAAGGUGAGAUUGAGGAACAAGCAUUUCUUGGAAUCCAUCUGGAAUUUGGAACCUUGAGUAGACAAAGUAUUGCCCCAUGAUUAGAUGUUUCAUUAUCAGAAAAUAAGUUGUUUGUUGAGAAUUAUCAAAUGAAUUUACCAACACUAACGAAUUAGUUACACCCUUGGAAGUAUAAAUGAUUUUUAUUUUUCAGGCUGAA